UACAAAGUGAGGGUUUCUGGUGCAGAACCAGCCAGCUCAGUAGCAGCUUGAAGCGCAUCGCGGGCGGUAGCGGAGCAAUGGCCAUGGACGACUACGACGAUGACAUGAGCAGCGUGGGCGUGACCACGGCCCGAAUUGAAAACCAGCACCAGCAGCACCACCACCAGCAGGGUCAGCAUGGACACCACCAACAGGGCCAGGGUCAAAGCCAGUACAGCGCAGGGGUGGUCAAAGUGGGCGGAUGGCGAUACGAGGACGCCAGUCGCUACAUCGGCGAGUGGAACCAGCGUGGCCAAAAGCACGGCAUCGGGCAUCUGCAGUUCGCCGAUGGCACCCGCUACGAUGGCCAGUUCCAGGAGGGUCUUAGUCAAGGAGUGGGCUGCCUCUGGUUCGCGGAUGGAGCAAAAUACGAAGGCGAGUUUCAUCAGGGCUGGUUCCAUGGUAAUGGGAUCUUCUGGAGAGCCGAUGGAAUGAAGUACGAAGGCGAGUUUCGAGGCGGCAAGAUCUGGGGCCUGGGAUUGCUGACGUUCCAGGACUUCACGCACGGCUUUCCCAGAAACGAGGGAUUCUUUCAAGACUGCCGCUUUAUGAGACGACGUCGAUGUCCCGAGGUGGUGCAGCGUGCCCAAAAGUGCGCUCUUAUGGCCCGUUCCCAGUGCGAACACCCAUACUGAACAGACACUUCAGAUUGGUUACCAAAAAAAACAAAUUUUAGUAACCGACUGUAAGUGUCUCAGUCAUAAAACAGAAAAUGUUGUCUUUAAGAAAAGAAAUAAGCAUUUCUUUCCUAACUUCUUAAACUUUAAUACAUUUGCGCAAAAACGUUUGUAAAUGUAUCUAAGUAAUAUAAAAUGCAUACAA